AUGUCAAAGCAUCAGUACGAACAUCUAUUGCCUCAUAGCUGGACAACACAAGUGACAGCCUGGUUAGCCGAAGAUACACCUUCGUUCGAUUGGGGCGGCUUUGUGGUAGGAGAUGGUGAACGAACAGCACAUUUAAAUGCAAAAGCAUCUGGUAUCCUUGCUGGUGUUCCAUUCUUCAAUGAAGUUUUCAAACAAUUGGAAUGCACUGUUCAAUGGCAUUAUGAAGAAGGACAAUAUAUCGACGUCAAAAAACAAGGUGGAGAAAAGGCAAAAGUGGUUGUGGCAACUGUGAAAGGAUCUGUAAGGAAGCUGCUAUUGGGAGAGAGAGUUGCUUUGAACACAUUGGCAAGAUGUUCGGGUAUCGCUACCGCUUCUGCAGCUUUCUUGGACAAGGCAAGAAAAACUGGCUACAAAGGUAUCGUUGCAGGUACACGAAAGACAACACCGGGCUUCCGAUUGGUAGAAAAGUACGGCAUGUUGGUCGGAGGAGUUGACAUGCACCGAAAUGAUCUUAGCAGCAUGGUAAUGUUGAAGGAUAAUCACAUUUGGGCAACAGGCUCCAUCACAAAUGCUAUCGAAAAAGCACGAUCUGUGUGUGGCUUCUCCCAAAAGAUUGACGUCGAAGUUCAAUCAGAAGAAGAGGCAAGAGAGGCUAUCCUGGCAGGAGCAGAUGUGAUCAUGUUGGACAACAUGAAUGGCGAUAAGCUGAUCGAAUGCGCAAGAAAGUUGAAACAGGAUCUUCAUGUUUCCUCUACCUCAGCAGGCAAGGAUGCCAAAACAUUCUUGAUCGAGAGCAGCGGUGGUAUUGAUUUGGACAAUGUCGGUGGUGGAGGUCAUGUCGAUAAUGCCAUCGAUAUCAUCAGCACCAGUUCUAUUCAUCAAUCCACGAAGCAUGUUGACUUUUCUCUGAAGAUCGAUCCAUCCUCAUAA